AUGGGAUCACAGUUAUCAGAUGCCAUUGCGCAACCAGUAAAUGACAAGAUCAAGGAAGUGACCGAUAAAGUGGGAUCUUCGGCCCCCCUGGGGUCAACUGGUGGAAUCCGCUUGUAUUCGCCAGAAUAUUAUGCAGCUUGUACCAUUGGAGGUAUGGUUGCUUGUGGACCAACACAUUCGGCAGUGACGCCAUUGGACUUGGUGAAGUGUCGUAGACAAGUAGAUGCAAGCUUGUAUAAAUCUAACAUUCAAGGGUGGUCUAAAAUUAUUAAGACCAAAGGUGAUUCUAUCUUCACUGGUUUAGGCGCCACUUUCAUUGGAUAUACCUUGCAAGGUGCUGGUAAAUAUGGUUUCUACGAAUAUUUUAAGAAAACUUACAGUGAUUUGAUAGGUCCUGAAUAUGCCAAUAAUUACAAGACUGGUGUUUAUUUGGCUGCUUCUGCUUCCGCUGAAUUGUUAGCUGAUCUUGCAUUGUGUCCUCUUGAGACUAUCAAAGUUAAAACACAGACCACGAUUCCCCCUUUUGCUACUUCUGUUUUUGAUGGUUAUAAAAAAAUAACGGCUGCUGAAGGUUUCGGCGGUUUGUAUAAGGGUUUAGUGCCUUUGUGGUUCAGACAGGUUCCCUACACAAUGGUCAAGUUUUCUACAUUUGAGAAGACCGUUGAAAAGAUCUACGAUUAUUUGGGAAAGCCAGCUUCUUCGUAUAGCACAAUUCAAAAAACUGGUGUUUCUUUCUUAGGUGGUUACAUUGCAGGUAUUUUCUGUGCUGUGGUUUCUCACCCAGCAGAUGUUAUGGUUUCAAAGGUCAAUUCAGAAAAGAUACCUGGUGAAUCUUUGGGACAGUCCCUUAGUAGAAUUUACAGCAAGAUUGGAUUUGUUGGUCUCUGGAAUGGUUUACCUGUGAGAAUUCUUAUGAUUGGUACCUUAACUGGUUUCCAAUGGCUUAUUUAUGAUUCUUUCAAGGUCUAUGUUGGUUUGCCAACUACUGGUAGCAAAUAA